UUGUGUUUCAUUUUUGCUGCUCUGAUAAAAGUUUUGUUAAAAAUGUUUCCAUUCCAAGAACAAAAAAAUCGACCAGCACUAAUUGAAGCGGCUGCUUCGGGUCACUAUGAAAUUGUCAUAGUGCUCCUCAGGAACAACCUCAAUAUAAAUGAAAGAUGUGAAAAUGGGGAAACGGCGCUCAUGGUUGCCAGCGCGGGCGGUUAUUUUGAUGUGGUGAAUGCACUGCUAAGCCAUGGCGCAAACAUUAAUGAGCACAAUGUGAUUGGACAUACACCGCUGAUGAAGGCCGCAUGUGGCGGCCAUGUGAAAGGAGCCAAGGUACUUCUCGAGCGUGGAGCCGAUAUCAACACCCGCUCCAAUGAGUACAACGAGAGUGCAUUGUCAGUGGCUAGCUACAAGGGUCAUAUUGAUUUGGUGCGUUUCCUACUGCAAGCUGGCGCCGAUCACUUGAACUUCGCUUUUUCAGCGGCUUCAACAGGUGGCCAAGUGGAAGUGGCGUAAUUAUUAUUAGACUCCGGA